UAUACACGCAUAUACACGAAGCUAGUAGAGCAAAAUUAAGCCUGCGACGUGCGACGUUAGGAGUUUACCGCGUGUUUUCGGUACAGUUCUUCAUUUCGCUUGUUGUGAGUUAUAAGUGCGGGAAUAGAGUGCGCAUUGUGACAGGUGUUUUUUUAGCGAGGGAUAUUCGACAGUGAAGAGGACGACAUCGUCACUCACGAUAUAGUUAUCGGAGUAUUGAGUGAACCGUGGAAGCAUGGGGAGAUCGAGAUCGCGAAGCAAAUCCCCCAGCAGUAGGAGACGACACAAAAGUAAACAUUCUCGCAAACGUUCGAAGUCUCGUGAGAAGCACAGUUCGAGUAGCAAGUACGCCGAAAAGCCAAAAGAACGAAGCUCCAAGUCCAGAAAGCGGUCACAUUCUGCCUCAACAAGCAGUGGUUCCGAUGUGUCGGACGAUGUUCACAUAGUCAGUCAUAAAAAGCGUUCCUACAGAGACAGGGAUCGCAAAAUGGACGAGGUUGAACGUCUCGCUGAAAUGGAAAGACAAAGGAAAAAGAGAGAAUCGGAUAAAAAGUUAAUGAACAAAAUCCUCGUCACGAAUGCAGUUGGGCGGCAGCGAGAAGUGGAGCAAAAAAUGGUGGAGGAAGAGGCAGCAAAACGGAUCGAAGAACUUGUUCAAAAGCGAGUUGAGGAAGAGCUGGAAAAGCGAAAGGAGGAAAUUGAAGCCGAGGUCCAACGACGUGUCGAGGAGGCCAAACGGGCUAUGGAGCGCCAAAUGAUGGAGGAGAUGGAGUGGCGCCAAGCCAAACUUAGAGAGGAGGAGAAACGGAGAGAGGAGGAAGAACGGAAAAAACGAGAGGAGCUAGAGAGGAUCUUGGAGGAGAACAACAGAAAGAUCGAGGAGGCCCAGAAGAAGCUGGCCGAGGAAAGGCUGGCAAUGGUCGAGGAACAACGGCUAAUGGAAGAAGAGAGACAAAAAAUGCGGAAGGAACACGAAAAGCGUGUGAAAGAAGAGCAGAAGAAGAUCCUGGGAAAGAAUAACUCGAGGCCAAAGUUAUCCUUUUCACUAAAACCAGUUACGUGAGUCUGUGUUAAAAGUGUGUAAGUGUGUGAAUGCGAUAUGCUUUCAUUGUGUAAUUGUGAUAUACAUAUGUAUAUAUAUAUAUAUAUAUAUACACAUAUAUAUAUAUAUACAUAUGUUAUAUAUACUUGUAAUUCCUGUGAGUUAGCUAUAUUACUCGUCGAUGAGUAUUGAUAGACAUCUUGAAACUGCUGAUACUGUAGAGAUUUUUCUUUCUUCGGCAAAUUCAUCAUAUUCGUGACUAAUAUUGCUCUUUGAAACAUU